AGGAUACGUGCCCAUAUCUAUAACCCAAGAACACUGAAAAAUGGUUUCUCUUUUCCAUUUUCCUUCAUCAUUCACAUUUCACAAAAUUUAUCACUCUCCUUCUAUCUAUCCCAUUAAAGCAUCACAUUCCCAUUUUCGAAUUUCAGCUCAAAAUGAAAAAUCACAACCUCAAUUAUCCAAAAUAUCAGAAUUUUCAUCAAAGACUUUGAAUUUCUUGAUAUCUGGUUCUUUAGCUCUUGCUCUCUCACUCACAGGAGUUGGUACUGCUGAGGGAUUGGUUGGGGUGAACAAGCCAGAAUUGCUUCCUAAGGAGUUUACUCCAGUUAUUGAUGUUGCUGGCUUCCUCUCUGAUGGUCAGGAGAAAAGAAUUGCACAAGAGAUCACAGAUAUAGAAAAGGAUACUGGUUUUAAGCUGAGAGUUUUAGCUCAGAACUACCCUGAUACGCCUGGAUUAGCUAUCAAAGAUUUUUGGCAAGUGGACGACAGUACUAUAGUUUUUGUUGCUGAUCCUACAUUUGGAAACAUACUGAAUUUCAACGUCGGAGCUACUGUGGAUCUUGAUAUUCCACGUAGCUUCUGGAGCCGUUUGGCAGGGACAUAUGGAAACAUGUUUUAUUGGAAAGAAAAGGGUGAAGACGCGUCUAUUGAGGCUGCUGUUAUGGCAAUAUCGAGCUGCUUGAGAGAACCAGUUGGUCCGAAUAAUUGCUCAGAGGUGAAGUAAUAGUAUCUGCGUGACUGCAGAGCUUGUUCCAUUUUUCAAUUGAUAUCUGUAUAACGUAUUUCUCGAUAAGGUGUACAUCAAAAGAUGAAUGAUCAAUGUAGUGUCAUACAAUGUAUUUUUUUUUA